GGGAAGGAAAUAAUUAGAAUAAAAUAAUUGCACAGAAUCCUCUUGCAUAGAAAAGCAAUUAGAUCGAAGGCCGAGCCGAAGUGACUGGACUGUUUGCACUGUUAAAAAUAACACCAGGGCAGAUCCUACGCGCCCUCCCGCGGCACAGAAAGUAAGUUCAAAGAAAGAGAAACAACCGGCAGUGAUUCCCCAGGUUGCCGUGGCGACGGAAACAAAGAAGAACGCAAGGUGCGCUCUCGAGCACCCGCUUUUCUACAGCUGCAAGCUGAGGCUUGAGUUAGGAGAAGCAGGGCUAUUCAUAUCGCGCAGGAUGAUCGAGCCACGAGCCGCUACUUCCCAUGGGUUUUAUUCAAAUGAACGGUUACAAGAUCUUGCAAAACCAAAGCCAACCAAAGACGUAUGGAAUUUUCAUCGCAAGUUAAUCUGGGGAAAUCAAGAAACAAUAUGGCCCCUCCCUUCAAGGUCUUUACUGAGACAGCCCAGCUCAAGAAUCCUGACUCUAGCAAUGCCAAGGGAAGCAGUUGAGAAACAGAAGAGAUCCCUCUUCUUGUACAGCUGUGGACAAAUGUCAGAGAUUUGGAAACGUUCUUCGACAGUGUAUUCUGCAUUGCCAUCGAAGCGAUUGCUGAAGCUAGCAGAACCUAGGCCAAUUUCUGCAACUUAUCUGAAACUAAGGCCACGAAUUUCCCCUGUGUGGCCUAUCAGCUCCUCGGCACUUUGUUGCAAAGCUUCCCACCGGAUUUUGACCCUUGCUCAAGCGAGAAGUAUCCAUCCAAACUUUAAAUUUCCAGAACAGUCUGAAAGAGAGAUUUCAAAGGCUGCAAGAAGAGCUGAGGCUACCCCAAGAUUACAGCAACUUGCCCAGCCGGUAGUUAGGAAACAAAUGCAGUUGUAUGAAAAUACAAGCAUGGAGGUCCCAAUCCGCCAAAUACCCCUGACUGCUCUGCAAGCAGUCCCAAGUCCAAGGCUACUUGAACUAGCUAGACCAAAAGUAAUCCCUUGUGAGAGUGCCAUGGAUCGUUCCCCUGAGUGGACUGUGUCAGCGGCAGCCAAGCAGGCAGUAGCCUCUCCUCGACUCACGGAACUCUCUCACCCUCCCAACAGGGCCCCAACCAACCUCGUGCAGUUUAAUCCAGAUGCCUUUAUUGUAAAGGAGUCUGCUAAGAACGCAAUUUGUACAGAAAGAGUCAAGAACUUAGCACAACCAAUUACUCGUUGAUCUCACUGAUCACCCACAUCUAACUCUACGUGGCAUUUUCAAUAAAUUAAAGGAACUAUA